CGCGUCGCUGCGAGGGGUAUAAACCCGGAAGUGGUUUCCUCGCCCCGGUAGCGGCGAGAUAGCAAAGGCCUUUGAAGAUCUGCAAACCCUUAUUUUCGGGAAAGUGUGAUAUGCUGCUCAGGUGCGAGUGUUAUGAAAGGAAAUAAAGAACUAGGCGGCAAGAGUUCCUCCGAGUCAAGAGACUCGAGCUUUUGAGGCGUAUUUUGGGAAGCGCGGCCGAACACUCCCGGAGGCUUCUGGUGGCUACGGAGGUUUUUCCUGUCACAGGAAGUUAGGCCUGGCUGCUGGGAAAGAGAAGGAAGGAGGAAUGGGAAACCGGUGACAGCACCCCGCCCCGCAGGUGACUUGUCCCACCCAGUGAGUUGAAUGUAGCGGCCCGGGAAGUGCUCGGCCGCCCGUACGGGUGAGACGAGGAGGAGCGAGAACCAGACUCCCGCGAGAGGAAACAGAGGUAGUAGGCUCCACUAUCUCCACAUCUAGUUUCUCCAGUACUUCAGAGGAUUUCUGUUUGUUUUGGAAAGCCAUGGGAAAUCCAGAAAACAUAGAAGAUGCGUAUGUUGCUGUUAUUCGUCCAAAGAAUACUGCCAGUCUCAAUUCUCGGGAAUACAGAGCUAAGUCCUAUGAAAUUUUGUUGCAUGAAGUUCCCAUUGAAGGACAGAAAAAAAAGAGAAAGAAAGUUUUGUUGGAAACUAAACUUCAAGGCAACAGUGAAGUAACACAAGGCAUUUUGGAUUAUGUAGUAGAAACCACCAAACCAAUUUCUCCUGCAAACCAGGGUAUCAGAGGAAAACGAGUGGUACUAAUGAAGAAAUUUCCUCUGGAUGGAGAGAAGAUGGGCAGAGAAGCGGCAUUAUUUAUUGUUCCAUCAGUUGUCAAAGAUAAUACUAAAUAUACAUACACUCCAGGAUGCCCAAUUUUUUACUGCUUACAAGAUAUUAUGCGAGUCUGUAGUGAAUCCAGUGCUCACUUUGCUACACUUACAGCAAGGAUGUUAAUAGCCUUGGAUAAGUGGUUAGAUGAACGUCAUGCACAAUCUCACUUUAUUCCAGCUUUAUUCCGACCUUCUCCUCUUGAGCGGAUAAAAACAAAUGUCAUAAACCCUGCAUAUGCUACUGAAUCAGGUCAAAUGGAAAACUCACUACAUAUGGGCUAUAGUGCUCUAGAAAUAAAGAGUAAAAUGUUAGCCCUAGAGAAAGCAGAUACCUGUAUUUACAACCCUUUGUUUGGAUCAGAUCUUCAAUAUACGAACCGGGUAGAUAAAGUGGUAAUAAAUCCAUACUUUGGUCUAGGAGCUCCAGACUACUCAAAAAUCCAAAUUCCCAAACAGGAAAAAUGGCAGAGAAGCAUGAGCAGUGUCACAGAAGACAAGGAACGCCAGUGGGUAGAUGACUUUCCUCUCCAUCGAAGUGCCUGUGAAGGAGAUUCAGAAUUACUAAACCGUCUUCUCAAUGAAAGAUUUUCAGUCAACCAAUUAGAUAGUGACCACUGGGCGCCCAUUCAUUAUGCAUGCUGGUAUGGAAAAGUUGAGGCCACUCGCAUAUUGUUAGAGAAAGGAAAGUGCAAUCCAAACCUUCUAAAUGGACAGCUUAGUUCCCCUCUUCAUUUUGCUGCUGGAGGAGGACAUGCUGAAAUAGUACAGAUUCUCCUAAACCAUCCAGAAAUUGACAGACACAUAACGGACCAACAAGGAAGAUCCCCCUUAAAUAUUUGUGAAGAAAACAAACAAAAUAACUGGGAAGAAGCUGCAAAACUGUUGAAGGAAGCCAUAAACAAACCAUAUGAAAAAGUUCGGAUAUACAGAAUGGAUGGAUCAUACCGUUCUGUGGAACUGAAGCAUGGAAAUAAUACCACAGUGCAGCAGAUAAUGGAAGGAAUGCGUCUCUCUCAAGAAACACAGCAAUAUUUCACUAUUUGGAUCUGUUCAGAAAACCUCAGCCUUCAACUCAAGCCUUACCAUAAACCAUUGCAACAUGUUCGUGAUUGGCCAGAAAUACUUGCUGAAUUAACUAAUUUGGAUCCCCAAAGAGAAACACCACAGCUUUUCCUAAGAAGAGAUGUGAGACUUCCUUUGGAAGUUGAAAAAAAGAUUGAAGACCCACUAGCUAUUCUUAUCCUCUUUGAUGAAGCCAGGUAUAAUUUAUUGAAGGGCUUUUAUACAGCUCCUGAUGCUAAACUGAUAACAUUGGCAAGUCUACUGUUGCAAAUAGUUUAUGGGAAUUAUGAGAGUAAGAAACACAAACAAGGUUUCCUAAAUGAAGAAAAUCUAAAAUCCAUUGUACCUAUUACCAAAUUGAAAAGUAAGGCACCUCACUGGACAAACCGGAUACUUCAUGAAUAUAAGAAUCUUAGUACAAGUGAGGGUGUCAGUAAAGAAAUGCAUCACCUUCAGCGCAUGUUCUUACAGAAUUGUUGGGAAAUUCCUACAUAUGGAGCAGCUUUUUUCACAGGACAGAUAUUUACAAAGGCAAGCCCCAGCAAUCAUAAAGUCAUCCCUGUGUAUGUAGGAGUGAAUAUAAAAGGACUUCAUCUCCUCAACAUGGAAACUAAGGCUUUACUCAUCAGUCUUAAGUAUGGUUGUUUUAUGUGGCAAUUGGGAGAUGCUGACACAUGUUUUCAGAUCCAUAGUAUGGAAAAUAAAAUGAGCUUUAUAGUACACACAAAACAGGCUGGCCUUGUGGUAAAACUAUUAAUGAAGCUAAAUGGACAGUUAAUGCCCACCGAAAGAAAUUCAUGAGAAGAAAGCAGCUGAUGUUUAAACUACCACAUUUUGUAAUGCACAUUUUUUCCAUGAAAGAUUUCUUAAACUAUCACUUUUAAUAAGGCACUUAGUCUCUUGUAAUAUAUGAAUGUAUACUACUACAUUGUACAGAAUCUGUACUUAUGUUUGGUGUGUAAUAUACCAGUUAGUUUUAUAUAAUAUCCUUAUAAGCUAUUCUAAUUUUUGAGAGAAACACACAAAAAUAUGUAGAUUGAUCAUCUGUAUAAUAAUGGACAAAAGAGUAAGCUUUAUAAAAAGUUAUUUUUGGUAAAUGGUAAAGAAUUUGGAGAGGAAUGUAAUGAAAUUAAAAUACAGCUUUGGAAUAACUUUGUGUGUCAUUUCAGAAUAUACUGAAAGUCCACAUGUUUGAAUAAAGAAAAUAUAUUUUCUACUUA